UCUAUUCAAUAUAGUAGAAACAAUGGAAUCAAUAUCAAUCCCAAAAGUGGUGCUAAAUUCAGGACACAAAAUGCCAACAUUAGGAUUUGGCACAGGAACUGUACCCUUACCAUCAUUUGAAGAACUCAUCCCUUCAUUCAUCAAUGCCAUUAAAAUUGGCUAUAGACAUUUUGAUACUGCAGCUUAUUAUGGUUCUGAAGAACCUCUUGGUCAUGCCAUAGCACAAGCAUUAGAACAAGGUCUUAUUAAGGAUCGAAGUGAAAUUUUUGUCACUACUAAAUUAUGGUGUACAGAUGCACAUCCUGGUUUUGUUGUUCCAGCACUCAAAAACUCACUCAAGAGGUUGGGCCUAGAAUAUGUGGAUUUGUACCUAAUCCAUUUUCCAGCAAGGUUGAGACAAGGGGUUCAAGGGAUUACCUACAAGAAAGGAGAUGUUCUUCCUUUUGAUAUGAAAGGGACAUGGGAAGAUAUGGAAAAAUGUGCUAAAUUGGGCUUGGCUAAGUCUAUUGGACUUAGCAACUUUGGUGUGAACAAAAUUUCAGAAAUUCUACAAUAUGCAACUAUUCCUCCUGCUCUUAAUCAGGUGGAAAUGAAUGCAGCAUGGAAACAAGAAAAUCUGAGAAAAAUAUGCAAAGAGAAUGGGAUUCAUGUGAGUGCAUGGUCCCCUUUGGGAGCUAAUGGAGCUGUGUGGGGUUCCCUUGCUGUUAUGGACAGUCCAAUACUCAAAGACAUUGCAAUUUCUUCAGGAAAGACUGUGGCACAGGUUGCAUUGAGAUGGUUAAUAGAGCAAGGUGUCACUCCAAUUGUGAGGAGCUUCAAUAAUGAGAGAAUGAAAGCAAAUCUUGAAAUAUUUAAUUGGAAGUUAAGUGAAGUUGAUUUGAAGAAGAUUGAGCAAAUACCACAAUAUAGGGCUUUUAAAGGAGAAGGUUUUAUCACAGAAGAUGGACCUUACAAAACUACUGAUGAUUUUUGGAAUUGAAAAGAUGUGAAAUUUAUGAUAUUUUCUUUAUGUUCCUUCGUCAAUAAAUUAAAUGAGAAAAUAAAAUACACACUUUAUAAACAGUUUAAUAAUCAUCAUAAAAACACUAAAUUGUAAUAACAUCUUGUUUCAAUGUUGAGUGACAAAUACUUCUAAUGUUGUCAAUGUUUUUAGGUUAUGCAAUUAAUAUAUAAUAGUGUAAGAAGUCCGGUUAGG